AUCACGUGUGCGCACUCUUUGCCCCCAAUUACGAUGCAGCCCUCCGACGCUGAACCAUCCCAGUCGAAGCCACCCUUCCAUGAACACGGAGAAAAUCAGCCACAGGACUCGUCUGAUGCAGUUCAGCCGUCCCUGACGUUUAACCCACCACCUCCCCCAGUGCCUUACCAGCAGUUCGAGUAUUCAUUCCCCCCUGCAUUUCCAGAGCUCGUUCUACCGCCUGGUCAUAAUUCAGCUACCCAGGAUUUAUUUUCGGCUUCUGAGCAGGAUAAUUUAUUUGGGUUUCUUGACAAAUUCGAGUGGCAGUUUGAUCCUUUGCUCCCCUCGGGCAUACCUUCGCUUAACACCGGUCAACUUUCAGGAGCCGAUUCAAGCCAAAGCCUCCGAUCUGCACCAUUAACUAGCCAAAAUGAUAAUGCUUUGUCUAAUGUACAUGCUGGUGCUACCCCUCGAGCCCAUUCUCCGGCGAAUUCGUUGCAUCCCCCACGAGCCCAAUUGUCUAGUCCAGUGUACGCGUCGCGCCAAAGUUAUUCAAACCCUGCUUUGGUACAUUUCUCCCCCAGUAACCCCCAUCCAUCUUCUAAUGUACCCCCGAUACCGGAUAACUCAUACUCUGAUCCCCUUGGGUCGCGCGAUGAGCAGACGCCACUAGCCGCCUUACCGCUAAAACAGGAAACUCAAGAAUCUGGUGUGAAUCUGGCGCAUGAUGGCUUAGAGGCCGGUCAGCAAGGCGUGGGGUUGCUUCCCUCUCUGGAUUCUGGAGGGGAACGUGUCAAUAGUACACCUGCCCAUUCAGCAAACGGGCGACCACAAAAACCAGUACUUAGCACUCCAGAGAAACGUGUAAGGCAUAUAUUAUCGGAGCAAAGAAGAAGGAAUACAAUACGUGACGGAUAUGCGGCCCUCACGAAUAUGCUGGUGCCCUAUCCUUCUGCUGUGUCACGACCUGCACCCCACGGCCACCGCGUGGAAAGGGAAAGGGAACGAGAGGAAGGACGAGGGGAAAGGGGAAAAGCGGAGUGCUGUUCCGCGCUGUUGAGUACAUUAAAUGGUUGGACGAGUGCGUGGAGGACCUGACCGCGGAAGUUACUAAGCUGGAAGCUGCAGUCCAAGACCAGCAACAGCAGCAAUCGCAACCACCUUCAGCACAGCAUCAUCAAUUUUCUGCACAAUCGCACCAAUCUCACCAACACCACCUUC